AUCUCUAACCAUGCGCAACGUCCAUUGUAUUUGACGAAGGCCUGAGCCAGGCCCAGAAAUGAGAAAGCUUUAUCAACAACGGACGCGACUCGAGUGCACUUGUUUCCCAAGCACAAGCUAUGUCAUUUCAUGAACACUACUAUGAAGGAAAUGUAGGGCUCAAACGAGGUAGAGAGUGAGCAUUUUCAAACUAUGAAAGCCCACGAAGCCCGGCUAUUGCUGCAUUUAUGUUCCAUAGCGUUAAUUGUGAUUCAGGUUCAGCCACACGUGGCCGCGGCACAGUCAAGCGAGGUCUUGCACUUCACUUUGCAGAGUCGCCGCUUUGCAGCAUACACAGGCCCGUUAGCGUUCAUAGAAGCGGUAUCGUCAUGUAAUAGUGUAGUGUGGUCUCAAGGAGACAGCACGCAGGGCGCACUGCUUUCCGCGUCGCAGCUCGGUGAAGUGCUGGCCGGGGUUGCGCGAGACCAGCCACAGACGGCGCAGGCCUUGCGGUCGGCGCUGAUGGACUCCGCGACUGGUGGCGAAGAGCAGCAGCAGUGGGCGCUGUGGACGUGGGACGAGUACCGGGUCUGCCGCGCCGCCAAGCUACUGCCCACCGGCAGUAGCAGUGGCGGUAGCAGUGGCGAUGGCGGCAGUAGCAAUGGCGGCAGCGGUGCGGGGCCGGACCUCUCGCUGGUGACCACGGACCGGCCCUGCAGCUGGCGCCUGGCGUACGUGUGCGCGGAGGAGCAGGCGGUGGUGCUGGCGGCGGGGCUGUCGUCCUCCUCUGCCUGGUACCGCCGCCACUUUGCGCCCGGGGCCCCGGCGCCGCUGCUGCCCAGCCCCUACGCCGCCGCCUCUGCUGCUGGGCCUGCUGGCGCUGGCAACAGCAGUGAGGGCAGCAGCAGCCAAGCCGGGCUGGCGCUGUACCGGAGCGGCUUCGUGGCGGGCGGGCCGCUGGGGGAGUUAAACUGGGCUCCCGAUGUGACUGAUCCUAUGCUGCUACCGACGUUGGUGGAGCCCUUCCCAGUCACGACGGAGGUGGAGGACGGCGCGGACCGCUUCUGGCGGCUGGGGCCCGUCGUGAGCGCGAUGUACAGGGGCGGCAACCGGCGGCUGACGGCGCUGCGGCUGGUGCGCGAGGGGGAGGCGGCGGACGUGUGGGCGGCGUACCAGGGGCAGAGCUCCGGUGCGGGCCUGCCGCCGCCGCUCGGCGAUGAGUUCGUGCUGGGGGACCGCGUGCCGGACUAUGACCUUGGUCGGCCGCUGACGGGGGCACCCUUGGGCUCGCCAGGCCCCGGUUACGAGACGUACAACGUGGGGCCCUACAACGACUACAUUGUGGCGGUGGAGGGCUGCUUCCGCGCGAGCGAGGUGGAGGGCCUGACGCUGGUCAGCCGCAGCGGCCGCCGCCUGCAGCUGGGCCGGGGCGGCUGCAGCAACUGGUUCAGGGAGGAAGCGCCGCCCGGCGGCUACCUGGCGGGAGCCUGGUCCAGCGCCCUCAACGCCUCAGCCUGGGACCGUUAUAUUGAUGUAGUUUACUUGCGCGGCAACCUCGGUCAACUGUCGAACGGGGAAAUGCCAUGGCUGCACCAGCUGUCCUUCAUCUGGGCGGCCCCCUCCGGCUCGCCGCCGCCGGUCUCGGUCGUGCGACGUGCACCCGUGCUGGACACGUGGAGCCAGCCGCCGGCGUGUUCCUGGGCGGCGCCCAUGGCGGACAGGUUCUAUCUGGUAUCUUACACAGCGUGUCACAUGAUGGAGCGUAUGUGCAGCUCCAACGCAUGCUGCAACCAAGCGGUUCGCAUGCACAUUCAUGGCACCGGUGGCUAUCCACGGUGUGGAGCCAAUCGUGAUGCGUGCCUGACGGCCUGCAUGAGUGCUGGUAUCUGUGGUACCAUCCCUGAGGCCAACAUCCUGCACUUCCUAGCAGCCGCCCCGCCGCGGCUGCAGCCGCAGCCUUCAAUCUCGGGUCAUGUGGUGACUGCUGCGGACUCCACUGCACUGGGGCCCGACACAGCUGCUAUGGCGUCCUUCAUUCUGUACAGAAUUAGUCUCAUGACGUACGCCGACGCCGUACAGUACUGCGCGAGCAGUUCGUACAUGGGCGCGGACUGGAAGCUGGUCGAGGUGCAGGAUGCAUUGGAUUGGGCCGCCAGCGCCUGGACUCGGAGGGACGCACACGAGGCGCUCGCAUCUCUGCUUGGCUACGUGUGGGCGGCCCCCUUGCCUCGCUUGCUGGCCAACGCAACCGCACAGCCGCCCGCGCCAUCCUCUUCAGGAACUGCAGGCUCCUCCUGCAUGCGGGUUGCAUUCGGCCUGCCCGAUGGCCUGGACUCGCCGUCGUCGACAGACAGCCACACUGUGGCGGUGGGAGACUGCGAGGCGCAGGCGGCGGUGGUGUGCCGGGCUGUGGCCAACCCACUCAGUGCCUCUGCUGCGGCUGCAGCUGCCGCUGCAGCGGCUGUGCAGGCGGCAGAGGCCGCAGUGGCGGAUGCCGACACGAGCACCACCAGCGGCCUUGAGGGUGUGGACGUGGGCAGCACGUACCCGCCGGCGUCCGCAGUGCUGGGCGGCGGCAGCAGCUUGGGGGACCGGGGGCUGAUCAGCCCUGCAGCGGCAGUGGCGGUGUGGGUGCCGGGGCCACACACACUGACCGUCAGCAACAGGCGGCUCGGCAGCGGACCGUACCUCAACGGAAGUGCAGACAAACCGAGUUAUUGCAAUGCCGCCAUAGGGAGCAUAGUCAGUAGCAACAGCAGUAGCAGCAGCACAGGUGCAAUCGCAGGCCAGCGGGCAACUGCGGUCGUGGCUUUGCAGCAGCCCGUCACAGCCAUCUCGGUCAGUGUUGCAGUGCAGCUCACGAACGAGACCGACAGUGUGGCAGUGCUGUCAGCGGUGCGGCUGAGGCUGGGCACUGGCGGCAGCUGGCAGAGCAUGGGCCUGGUCAGCAGCGGCGGCUGGGAGACGUUCCAGCUGGCCCCCGGGGAGGUGGUGGUGGCGGUGAGUGGCUGCAUGGGCGGGUUCGUGGAGCGGCUGGUUUUCCACACCAACACCGGUCGGCGCUGGACGCAUGCGCUGCUGGGGGCGGCGGCGGCGUGCAGUGUGCCUUUCCUGGACUCAGCCCCGCAGCAGCCCGCGGCGGGCAGUGGUGGAGGCUACCUGGUGGGAAUGCAGGGCUCGGUUGGCUACUACAUCGGGUCACUGCAGCUGGUGUGGGGCUCACCAUCGCAGGCUGUCAGCGGGGCCCUAGGGCCGACGGCAGCUGUGUUGCCUGACGGGGUGCCCCCUGUGGAUGGGACACGCCCACAGCGGCCGUCAGCAGUGCUCCCCAGUCAAGGCGCUGGCGCCCCAGGCGCUGGUACAAGCAGCAGCCCUAGUGGUCUCGUGAAAGAUAACGUUGGGACCGGAGGCGCCAGCAGCAGCAUGCCCCCUAGCAAUGCCGGCAGCAGCGGAGGUGUCCCAGUUGCUGCAGUGGCGGCGGGUGCAGCGACGGCAGGUGUUGCAGCUGUGGUGGCGGCGGCAGCCCUUGCGGUGGUGGUGGUGGUGCGCCGGCGACGGCGGGGGCAGCAGGACUUGGGGCCAGGCAAGGCGCCGCCAGCAGCACAGGAUGGAAGCAUUGCAGGCGCCGUCGGUGAUGGAAGUGACGGCAGCAGCAGGCUGCCAAGCCAGACACUGCUGCCUUGCGUUCCCGUCUGCGCAAAAGGCCCUGCGCCUCUUGCUUGCCAGCAGGCAAGGGGCAAGGCCGUCGCCGUGCGCCUUUCGUCGGUCCGCUUGAUGCUCAGCACCCAGCCCACGCUUCCGCUGUCGUCAUGCUCGCACUCCGUGCAUGCUCGCACGCUGUCGUCUGCAGCAGCUACAUCACCCCGGCCUGGUGACACCGCUCCCUACUCAUCAGCCAGUGGCGGCCCCGACUCGAACCCGGCCGCAAACAGCCAGAGCUCUCGGCUCGGCGGCCCACUGCCAGCGGCCCAUCCGGGCGGCAUUGCUACAGGCGGCGACAGUUCCGGCCUGCACGGCGGGAGCUGUGGGCCAGCAGCGGCGCCCACGGCAGCAGCACUGCUGCCAGGACGCGGCGGGAGCUCGGCCCCAGCAGCGCCGUCGGUUGCAGAGGCUCACGCACGCGGAGGCGGCCCGGCAGCUGGGCAGGAGCGCGAACCGCGCACUUCCAGCAGGACAGAGGUGGUGCAGCCAUCUACGCUAGCUGCAUGGCCCACGGCGAUAGUAGCAGGCGUAUCUAGUCAGCAUUGUCAGGGGCCUGCACGGCAGCAGGCGCCGUACUGGCUUGGAGCGACGGCUGCUGCUACGAGCUCGGGUGGGAUGGCUGCGGGGAGCCCAGCGGCGGGCCUGUCAACCGCAGCGGCGGCACCACCCCAGGCAGCGGCGACCGCGAUGCACCACCUCCCCAGUGAGCUGGAGUCGCGCCUCAGCGCCUACAUCAUGAGGGUGGACGAACGCCAGCCCCGGCAUCUGGACCGCGCAGCGUCAGGCAACGCCGAGGCUACAGCCGGAGCAGCAGCCGAUGUGGGAGUCCGUCCGAGGCCGCCUUCGCCACAAGCCGCGGGUCUGGCUGCUGACGGCACGCAGCCUCGGAACCGCGACGGAGAGGAGGACGACCGUGCGGCCGUUCAAGCGGCGAUUUCCGAGGCAGUGAAGGCCGAGCUGGCGGGUCGCCAGGGCGGCUGCUGGCAGGGGCUCCUCAUCCAAGGGGUGCUGGGGCGCGGCGGAUUCGGCGUUGUGUACCUGGGCACGUGGCGCAACCUGCGCGUGGCCAUCAAGACACUGGUGGUGCACGACGCACUGGCGGGCGGCAAGGCCCGGCAGCGGCACCGCGCCAUCAUCGAGGCCGCCAUCUCCAAGUCCCUGCAGCACCCCAACGUGGUCACCACCUACGAGGCGGAGGUGGUGCCGCUGGCGGUGAUGCCUUCGGCAGCCGCUGCCGGUGCUGUGGUUCACACAACAACACAAGGAAAGCCAGUCGAGGGGCCGACAGUACCGACAGGCGAUGAUAAUGAUGUGUACAAGCUGCUGAUCAUUCAGGAGUACUGCAAUGUGGGCCCACUGACAACAGCCUUGGAUGCGGGCGUGUUUGGCAGCAUUGCGGACGGCGGCGUGGGCCUGCUGUGUGGGCUGACGCUUGCGCUGGACAUCGCGUGCGGCAUGAGGCACAUCCACAGCCGCAACAUCAUCCACGGCGACCUCAGCGCCGGGAACGUCCUGCUCUCGAGCGUCGCUGGCUUCGGAUGGGGGCGAGUGGAAGCCCAGGCUAGCGAAAUGCUGCCGUCUGCCCAGAGCAGCAUGAGUGGGGCCGGUGUCUGCAGCACAAUUGCGGGUGGGGCUGUGGAUCCGGGUGCACCGGCGGUGGCUGAGAGUGACGCGCAGCUGCUGCGGCCGCUGGCGGGGCUGUGGCGGCCGCCGGUGACAGCCAAGGUGUCGGACUUCGGGCUCAGUCUCCCCAUGGGCGAGAACCAGACGCACGCCUCAAACCGCUUCCAGGGCACGCCCGGCUAUGCGGCGCCCGAGGUGCUCAGCCGCGGCCGCCUGUCCCUGGCGGCGGACGUGUGGUCCUUUGGUGUGCUGCUGCUGGAGCUGUGCCACGGCAUGCGGUUCAAACACAUUCUCGCACGGCAGCAGGCUGCAUUCGGAGGCGUGGCGGGUGCUGGCGUUGCCGGUGGUGGUGAGGAGCGGCCGGGCGACGAUGCGGGCACUGCUGAUGGCGGCAGUACCACCGGCAGCGCUCCGGCAUGGGCGGUGCUUCCUGCCACCUGCCCGCCGCAACUGGCGGCGCUGGUGCGGGCGUGCCUCUCCCUCAAUCCCUUGGUGCGGCCAUCCUUUGACCAGGUCGUCCGCCAGCUGGUGUCGGUGCUAGCGGAACUUCACGCCGCCUGCUGUUAGAAUCACGUAGGGUGGAUUGCUGAAUACGGUACAACCCAACUCAACCACAUUGAAUAUCUAAGGAUGUUGCGUAUGGUAUCGACUCGCACUUUCCAGCAUUGGCAGGUGCUCUUCAGUCGUGAUGGCAAUGUGACUUGCUGGAUGGCGAUCAGGCGAAUGCAGCCUAUGGAGAAGGGCAGCAAUAAGCACGAUUCGUUGUGCGGCUUUGCACCACCACUUUUCUUUAUUUGCAAGCAAGGAGCAAAAGAGUAGUGUGUGGGGCGGCUGAUGAUUGGCUGCCGCAUGUUCCACACUGUUCUGUAGGCUGAAUGCGCUUUCACAACUGAAGGCAGCAGGGGCAGCAGGUCAAGUGGGCAGGGGCAGCAGGUGGCAGGUGGUGUCGUGGUGGUCGUAUGAAGUACAUAAUCAGGUCGGCGGCCUAAACUGUUGACACCAGCAUUGCUGCAGGUAGAUGCACAGGCCACCGUUGACACGCUAACACCAUUUGUAUCCUUGUGUGCAAUUGGAUGGUAAUGACGCGCAGAUAUCCGAGCACAUGAAGGGUUGGGUGUCCGUAUGCGACCACGGUGUGAACUCGUGUGAUUGCUGCUAGCUGCCUUUCCUGGGAUGCAUGCCGGAUUGUUUCUGAGUCGACAUGGGAAUCCUCACCGAGAUUGCCAAGAAUUUGCAGGUUAUCGACGAAUAUUGUACCGCAUGGUUAUUGAGAUAAUGCGCCACAUUUGCAACACUUCAUAUAAGCAGGACCAUCUUGAACAACGAAACAAAAUCAUAAUUGGGACGUGCAGUUGCCUGUGUGUCAUAACAUUCCAUGCAAGUUAGCGAUGUGGAGGAGGGUGGCUGGGUUUGUUGAUAGGGCAGGUGGGGUUGGAGGUGGGGUAGUGUCGAAGUGCUGACUUUGCCUGUAACUGAUGAAGGGG